GACCGAGGAUACUUUGGCUUUCGCACCGAAGAUGAGGAGAACCGCCAGACCACGUGCUGGGCUCGACCGGAGAAGAACAGCGAUGAUGACGAGGAUGCCCAGAGCUCAGCUUGUCAGAUCGACUGGGUCCACCAACGUCGCCCCGAAGAUGCUGUUUGUAGGGUGAACCUUCGCCAUCGCACUGCCGUGAAAGAA